AUGAUGUUAGGUCUGAUGGACUCUAUAAGGUCUAUUCAACCACCAAGUAAAUGGAAAAUCAUUGUCGUCGAUUCCAAAAGUACACACAUCCUAAACGCAGCAUGCAAGAUGUAUGACAUCUUGGAAGAAAAUGUUACACUGGUAGAAAACAUUGAGAAAAAGAGACAGCCUUAUCCUAGUCUAGAAGCCAUUUAUUUCUUGACACCUUGUCGAGAAUCGAUCUAUCGCUUGGUCGAUGACUUUUCGUCUAAACCACCUACUUAUAAAGUAGCACAUGUUCACUUUACUGGAGGCAAUGACGACCUCUUUGCAGAACUUAAUAGAAAGCUAAAAUCAAGUGGAGCUGCAGAAUAUGUUCAAAGUUUAAAAGAACUCUAUGUGGACUUUAUGGUAUCUGAAUCCCUCGUAUUCACAGUUGAUCCAGUCACAAGCUUCUUGGCUGCAUUUGGUGACUCGUCUCGUCCAGACGAAGCACUAAGACAGACAGCAAAACAACUGUUAUCUGUAUGUGCAACUCUAGGAGAAGAUCCGAUUAUUCGAUACCAGAUACAAUCAGAGGGAGGGGACAUUCAUCCUCAAUCACCAGCAAGCAAACUAGCUCAGAUCGUCCAACAAGAAGUGGAUAACUUUUGUAGAUUGAACCCUAAUUUUCCUCCACCACGAAACCCUCCUCAGCCAAGAGCCACUCUCUUGAUCCUCGAUCGAUCCAUUGACCCUGUAGCACCACUACUCCACGAAUUCACGUACCAGGCAAUGAUCAACGACCUGCUCCCGGUUCAAGAAACAGAUAAUCAUGUCGGCAUAAAAUACACAUACGAGUUUCAUCAAGCAGAUGGGACACUGGGGUCUCAAGAAGUCACUCUGGAUGAAGAAGAUAAUGUGUACAAGUCGAUUCGACAUAUGCAUAUCGCUCAAUGUUCAGAUUACUUGAUUGAAAAGUUUAACGAGUUUUUGUCAGAAAACAAGUCAUCCAACGAACCCAAGACGACGGCAAAGAGUUUAAAAGAAAUGAAGGACAAGUUAACUAAUUUACCGCAAUAUCAGGAUAUGAAGUCCAAGUAUUCUGCUCAUUUGAGUAUUGCUCAAGAAUGUAUGUCGUAUUUUGAAAGACACAAGUUGAACUCGGUUGGUAAUUUGGAACAGAAUAUGGCAACGGGUGAAACAGCAGAUGGAGAAAUACCCAAGACGAUCGUACUUGACAUGGUCCCUCUUUUAGAUGAUCCUCAUAUUAGCCCUGUAGAUAAGGCACGGUUACUUAUGUUGUACAUCAUUUGGAAAGAAGGCGGUAUUUUCGAAGACGAUAAGCGGAAAUUAAUGGAACAUGCCAAAUUAAAGGGAGAACUGCGUGAUGCUAUAAAUAAUCUCCCAUUGAUAGGUGUCAAACUGACACGAGUCCGUCGACAAGAAAAGUCAUCAUUUAUUAAAAAGAGAAGAGAGAGACAUAGAAGAAAUAAGGAUGAAGAACAACCUUAUGAACUUUCUCGUUAUGUACCUGUGGUCAAAAAGAUCAUGGAGACUCAUUUCUCAAGUGCUUUGGAAGCAAAGCAAUUUGGUUAUACGAGACAAUCAGAUAUGGAUCCAGUAGAGGAAACGAGUUCACCUGGGAGUUUACCAGCCAGUGGUGUUUCACUACGAAGCACAAAACCAACAUGGGCCAAAAAGAAUAAUCCGGGUUCUCCUCGGCCAUCCAAUGGUGCCAAAUUGAUUAUCUUUAUUGUUGGUGGAGCGACAUAUUCUGAAAUACGGUCUGUGUAUGAAGUAGCCGAAGCAUAUCAUCGUGACGUUUUCAUUGGCACAACAGAGCUUUUACGUCCUGCAGCCUUUGUCGAACACCUGAGCAACCUGCGUCGUCCUGUGCCGACACCAACUGCCUUGAUCGCGCCUUAUGUACCACCACAGAAGCCAGUGGAAGUCAGUAAGGCAACCUCACUCAUGUCUCAUAUGCACAUCGGAAGCUCUCCACAACUGAGCAGCAAGAGCUCAAGCCUGUCGCUAUCCACCAUUGCAUCCGACACAAAGUCAUCAGUGAUGACAGAAGAAAAGAAGAAGAAGAAAGGAUUAAAGCGAUUGUUUGGAUAG